AUGUCUUCUAGUGGUAAUAACGUCAGCGAUUUGAAAGCAAAGAUCAACAAGUCCUUGAAUGCAUUGGAGAAGAAGGUCGACAAGGUUGCUACUCCUCCUCCAGUAAGCAAACCCACCGGGAAGCCAGCGAAAAUAAUAGCUGUGUUGUUAUUUGGAGGAUUUCAACAUUUUGAAUAUAUUGUGAUAUUGCUUCAUCUAAAAGCAUAUCAUGAUCAUCGGGAAGUGGAAAUAUGUUAUUUGGAAGAGGAAAUUCAGAAAAUUCCAAAUUCUCUAAUUAAAAAGAUGCUGAGUCUAUGUAUCACUGACAUUUGUCAUUUCGUUACGGAAUUUAUAAGUAGAACAGAAUUUGAUAAUGCUUAUGUUCAGUUUACAACGGAAAUAUUCAAUAUGAUGAUGAAUCAAACCUCUCUGAAAAAAUUAAUAAUUCCUUUCUCUCGUCCCCCCGUAUAUCAACUUGUUACUGACCUUCUCCAAGAGUCUUGUUUACGUGGCCUUUCCGUUUUGGAGUGUAGUUCGGCAAUUGGUCCUAAAUUUUUUGAUAAGCUUUCUCAAAUAUGUCAUGAUUUAGAAUCAUUAAAGAUAAAGUUAGAUGAGGACUUCUCUAAUGAAUUAGUAGAUUUUUUAGCAUCUCAAAACACGUUAAAGUAUUUGGAAUUGGAGUAUGUGAGAGAUAUUCGUCAAUCUUUUACACAAUUUCCCAAUACUUUAACCAAAUUACACAUUAAUGGAGUACAUUUAGGUAUACCAUUUUCACAACUAUUACUCAUAUCGGAGCUUUCAAAUCUACAAGAACUUAGCUUGUCAUUAUGUAACGUAGAAGGUGUUUUAAAAGAUUUCAACAUACUUCAAUAUGUUGCCUUUCCGAAAUUGCAGAGUUUAAUCUUUGGAGCUGAAUGUCCAGAUAACGAUUACCUAAUCAAAUUCUUGGAAAUCAAUGGAAAGAGUUUGAUGAAGCUUAAACUUUGUGAUAAUAUCGAUAGCUCAUUAAAUUUAGUUUUAGGCAAAUUUUGUCCAAAUCUAAAGUCCUUAUACACAUUUUUUCCAGGUGGAGACGUAAAAUCAUUGAAAGAAAUUUUCAAUGAUUGUCAACAAUUAGAGCGCUUAAAUAUUUUGCUAAGUGGAUUUGUUUCACAAGAGCUUGAAAUAUUGAAAAUUGUUGUUGAUUGUUCACCUGCAAAUUUCAAGGAGUUAUCAAUAGAUUUUGGAGAAGUAACUGGUGAAGAUGAUGAAGAUGGUGAGGAAAUAAACUUUUUUGAAAACGGAUUUGUGUCUGAGUUUGAACAAUGGGCGAAUCGUGAUCCAUGUAUUCCUCUUUCUUUGACCUUUAUUAUGACUGCAGAACAUUUUAAUUUUUCAUAUAUGAAUAACAAAACAGUUGCAGACUAUUUAAAGUUAGACGUUAUCAAAUCUUUUGAUAUUUAUAUUAAUGUUCGCCAUCGUCUUUCACCAACACUGACAAACAUGUUGGUGGUUUCUAUUGCUGUCAUCGCUGUUGUUAUAACCGUUGCUACCAUUGCUAUCAUAUUCGUUGCUAUCGAUGACUUCGUAGAUGUUCGACAUAUUGUUAAUAUGGUUAGUAGUCAUCAUUUCUUUUAUAUUUAUUUUCAAUGGAAAUUUGGUUAA